GGUAACCUUGUGGGUAGGCUACUGAUAAAAGAGGAAGAAACUGGUCUAUCGACCCAUCUUUUAUUUGCUUGCACCUUAAAACAGGAAAACAAACAUUUAUCCCAAAGUCUGUCUUGCUACCCACAGCAGCACAGCACAGGUUCUCAGGAGGUGGGAGGAGGGUGGCAUGCAGAUUGGCAGCAGGUCUUCCUGAAUUUUCCAAAUUUCCCUCCAGCCUAUCCCCAAUAUUUAUAAAUGUCUGAUUUUAAUAUUCCAAUAAAUGAUCUCUGCUUGGUUUUAUUUAAAUGUCUUUGUUUCGCUGAAACUUUUGGAACUGGACUGAACCAGAACUCUUGUGGACUUGGAAGGUGUCAAUUAAUUGGAAUUGAUAUCCUUGAGAUAUAUUUAUAUCCUUGGGAAAGAGGGAGGUUUCUUAUUUGCUUUCCUUCCUCCUUGUGGAAUGCUCUUCCUGUUUCUUCUUUAUCUCACAUUAUAGUAUUGUCUGACAAGGUUGUUUUUGUUUUUACAAAUUAUCUAACUAUUUUAACAAAAAUAUGUCUAUUAUAGCAAACUAACAUCCAGUGCAUUUGGUUACAUCAAUCACUGCUAGUACUUUAAGAUGAUAUAGUGUAUAUGGAUUAUUUAAUGUAUAGUCUUCCUUAUCUCCUUUCAGGUCUUGUACUUUGUUCAAUGGUAUUUGAUGGUUUCCUUUACUUGCUGACCAAGUUAGCUGUCACAUCUGCAAAGGUUCACACUAUGGUCUCUCAGAAACAAGUUUCGGGCCUUCUGCUUGGCAACACUCCUGCCGCUUAGCCUAGGCCUCUUGGAAAUGGCCAAGGCUGGCAACAGAGUGCUGCUCGCUGGGUGGUUGCUGCCUGUGUCUGACAACAGCCCUAACAAGGGAGCAGAGCCAGGCCCAGCAGGGUAUAAAAGCAGAGUCCCCAAGAAAACAGGGCAGUCUACAAGCAGUCCACAUGUCAAUUUGCUGCGCCUCCCCCUUCCCCGGCAAGGUGAGCUUUUUUUUUAAUUAAGAGUAGCUAACCUACACAGGUAGUGCAGGUAGCAAAAACUCAGCAGUUAGACCAAUACUUAAGCCCCUUGCUUAACUACAGUCCCGAGUGAGGGGAGUUCACUAGGGAGUCACCUGGAAACUCUCUCACCUUGCUUCACUGAUGCUUGGUGAGAGGAAGCAGGAAGAGGGAACCUUUUGGGACCAAGGAGCAGCGAAUAGGCCAGCUUACAGAGGAGUUUGCUUGGGGACGUCUGCUUGAAAAGAGGGGCAGGAAGAGAGACGGCAGAUUCAGAGUCCCAGAGAAAUGGCUGGAGGAUGUUGCAAUGCCAGAGCCACUGCCACUGCCAGCUCUUCCUCUUCUUGCACCUGUGUGGUGUCUGUCCAGGCAGGACUGUUCAUCAUUGAGGCUUCACCCAGGGCCUGGUUUGGUGCUGCGGAGACUGUUGCUUGCAGGUCCCUUCCAGGGACAGCCAAGUUGGGGAGUGCCUGCCAUGUGAGUGGGGCCUCUCAAGUUGGUGACUGCUUCUCAAGCUGCUACAUCCAGUUCUACGUCCCCACCAGUUCCCCCACAGAACAAGGAACAGUGGUCUCAGGUUGCAGAUUGGAUUCUGCCACUUUUAAACCAGUCUCGUGCCAAACUUGUGUUCUGUUAUGGGUAUAGACAGGUUUCCAAUCACUUGCACCAGUAAAAGUGUAAUGUCUGUACCUGGCCAAAGUGCACGGACUGUACCACUGGAGCAUAAGGAGGGGUGUGGGGAGGAGUUCCAAGACGGGGUUGGGGUUUUAUACACUAAAAAACUUAAAAAGUUACAUGAAAAUCUUCCUAAUUCUCUUUUAAGCCUAAAGAAGAGUAUAUGAAGGGUGAGGCUUCCUCCUGCUACCUUUGCUUUGGGAUGAUCAGUCUUUUUCUCCUUCUUUGAACAGCUGCUGUUUGAAAGCCAAUCCACUGCAGUUGAGUCAUGGGUUUCCUGUAAAUACUUAGAGCCACUGGCAUAGUCUAUUAGUUGGCUGCUACCGGGGGAGCCUUGGUAUCUUAGCACGGCUGAGUUGUUUGGAUGAGGUAUUGUAAGGGUCAGCCUUGCUGGCACAGCGACAUGGUCAGGAGCUGUGCGCCCAGUUCACGCAUCCUCUGCCACAAGAAGAGAUGCAGGCAAAUGCCAUUUCCCACUGAUGAACAGGAAGAGAUAAUCCACCACCCCCAACCUUGUUCUCUGCUCUUGCCCUACGAAGGCUGGUCAAACUGCAUCUUAUUUCCAAGAGACGUGCCUGACAACAGUUCAGAGCAGGACUUAGGCAAGAGUGAAACUAAUGGAAGCUCUAAGAUCAAGACUGGCAUUGCAGUAGCUGCUGGAGCAGAAACUAAUGAAAGCUCUAAGAUCAAGACUGGCAUUGCAGUAGCUGUUGGAGCAGGAAUAUCAUUAGUUGCUGCCCCACUUGUACUGGGGGCAGUAGGAUUUACUGGAGCGGGAAUUGCAGCCGGGUCACUCGCUGCCAAGAUGAUGUCAACUGCUGCCAUAGCCAAUGGAGGAGGAGUGGCUGCUGGAAGCAUGGUGGCAGUGCUGCAAUCAGCUGGUGCUGCAGGACUCUCUUUGACAACCAACAUUGGGCUGGGGGCUGUAGGGGGUGGGGCUGGGGCAGCGAUUAACAGACUCUUCACCAAAGAGAAAUGAACCUGCUCCUGUGGCGUUUGGAACAAAUGCUGGCUGCUCACAGAACUCUUCAGCUCCAGCAUCAGGGUUGCUCAAGCAGCAAGCUUAUUUUAAUUUGAAACAUGUGCCUUCUUUGCAAUUCUGUGGAAACCACCACUGUGAAUUUACCACUUUCCCCUGCCUUUUCCCCCCUUUCCCUCCCAGUCUCCUGAACAGCUGUUGAUCUCCUUUGAUCAUUUGGGGUAGGGAAGGAAACAAUAAAAGCUAUUUCCUUAAAUGAA